AUGGUCGAAUUAUUACUUGACUCAGCUAUUCGAUUUUGGGUAUUUAUGCCUAUUGUGGUAAUUACAUUUUUUGUUGGUAUGCUCCGACAUUAUAUAACAAUUAUAACAGCUGGCGAAAAACCUGUCGAUAAACAGCAAUUAGCCGAUAGUCAAGCACUUAUUCGAACAAGAAUUUUACGUGAAAAUGGGAAAUAUAUUCCAAAAGAGGGUUUUGUUAUGAGAAAACAUUUUUUUGCUAACGAAGAAACUGGUUAUCUUACUAAACAACAAACUCGUCAACAACCUAUUCGGAAUCCAAUUACAGAUCCAACGAUGAUGACUGAAAUGCUUAAAAAUAAUAUAUCAAAUAUGGUACCAAUGAUUGUCAUUGGUGGUGUUAUCAAUUGGGCAUUUAGUGGCUUUCUUUGCACUAAAGUACCAUUUCCGUUAACAUAUCGGUUCAAACCAAUGCUACAACGUGGUGUUGAAUUAGCGACACUUGAUGCUAGUUGGUUAUCAUCUGUUUCCUGGUAUGCUAUCAAUAUAUUUGGCCAACGUGGUAUAAAUAAUUUACUUCUUGGAGAAAAUAAUGCAGCUGAUCAAACAAAAAUGAUGCAGGAUCAAAUGAAUAUGGCUGCUGUGUCAAUGCCACAAGAUUCAUCAAAAGCAUUUAAAGCUGAACGCGAAGGUUUACUUGUCGUUGAUCAUCAAUGGGCUUUUAAAAAUGUUGAAAGCGAUGUCAUGUCGCAAAGAUCAUAUAUUCGUUCUCGCUAG